GUUGCGUUUUCCAAACAGUGCCAUCGGAGAGCAAACAUUCUCGACCAGCACAAGAAGCUGAGACACGACCGGAAUCUUAUCACUCACUGAGCUGCAUUAUCACGUUGCAUCUGCUGGAUUCGGAUUAAAAUGGACUGCGGGAUAUGCAACUGGGUUCCGUGUGCCGUUGAUUUACACCGUGUGCUCGUUGCAAGUUGUCCCGGAACUUUUUUUUUGCUACACAAGUUUCAUGAGAUAAAUGUGUCGGGCAUGCCAUAAGUGCCCUAGUGCUUGUAAGUGGAAAAGCCUAUAAAACUGUACGGGACAAUGGAAAUUAACUUUCUUCCGAGUGAGACGAUCUUAUCGCGUGGAGCUUCUCGUGUUGCUGCUGCCGGUUGAAGAGAUUUCUUACAAAGGUAGUUUGGCCUAAGCAAAUCAAAAAGCUGUGCAACGAAUCGAAAACCCCAAACAGUGCAAUCUGGAGAUGGUAGAAUCUAGGACGUUCUGUGGAAUUAAGCACCCAAGAGUGAAGAUCGCAUUCGUGCUAAGAGUGUUGUUCUUUCUGAGCUUAGUUUCGAUAAGUUUGCUGAAUAGUGUGAUAUCGAAUUCAGAUGGCAGGGGUUCUGUAGUCUCGAGAGCGCGACCCAGGCGCCAUCUUUUGGAAGUGUUACAAGAUCAGGUGGAAGUGUUCGAUGUAGCUACUGGGGGUGCUGAAGUGUUUGAUCUCACGACUUCGACGACGCUUUCUCCGGAUGUGACAACCGCUUUCAACGAAAGUGAUGUGGGUCGGGGUAGAAAUUGUACUCCGCCAGCUAUUUACGAAUUUCCUUCUGAUGGGUUCACCAGAUACCAGAGGCGCCAUGGAUGGAUCGCGGUUCAUAUUCUGAUCGCGUGCUACUGCUUCUGGCUGUUGGCUAUCGUUUGUGAUGACUACUUUGUGCCAGUCAUUGAGCUGUUGUGCAAAAAACUACAGGUCAAGGAAGAUGUUGCUGGAGCAACGUUUAUGGCGGCUGCUUCGUCGAGCCCGGAGUUGUUUAUCAACUGUGUGGGUACUUUUGUGACCAAAGGUGAUAUCGGAGUGGGAGCUGUGGUGGGAUCGGCGGUGUUCAAUAUCCUUGCCGUACCGGCCGUUUGUGGAUUAUUUGGGGGACAGGUUGUCCAGCUAAGAUGGUGGCCGGUUACUCGAGACUCGAUUAUGUACGGUAUGGCCGUUAUAGGAUUGAUUACCGUGUUGAUCGAUGGCAAGGUGGUGUGGUACGAGGCACUCGUUUUGGUGUCGGCAUAUGUUUUCUACAUUUCUGCGAUGUACUGUAACGAUUCCAUCAAUCGAUUUAUGUCCCGUACUUUGAGGCGGAAAUCGAAUGUCCGGCCUUACACAGAAGUUACGGAAAUCUCUCCGCUGCUUAAAAAUGGUUCCAACGGAUCUCAGAAAGCUAAUGGCGAAAACGGACACAACGGUCACAUGUGCGAUAGCGAAGCCAGCGAGGACAGUUUUGAGGAAGAUGAGUUGGCAUCGACUCCCUGGGAUCGGCGGGAUGAGAACACGUUUGCCUAUAUUUGUCGGUGGCCGGUGACAUUUGCCCUGUGGGCAACAAUUCCUGACUGUCGGAGAUAUCCGAAGCUGAGAAUACUUACAUUUUUUUCGUGCAUUUUCUGGAUCGGAAUUACGUCCUACUUCGUAGCGUUCCUGAUCACCGUUGUAGGUGACACCAUCGACAUCCCGGAUUCGGUGAUGGGUCUGACGUUUUUGGCAGCGGGAACCAGCGUCCCAGAGGCCGUUUCCAGCAUCAUCAUUACCAACCGGGGUCACGGCGAGAUGGGUAUCAGCAACUCGAUUGGGUCCAACACAUUUGAUAUCUUGCUCUGUCUGGGUCUACCGUGGCUGAUAAAAUCCCUCGGAUUCCCGGCCGUUCCCGGUGAACGUUGGGUGGUUCUAAACUCGCAGGGCUUAACGUAUUCGGCGAUAUCGCUGCUUUCGACGCUGUGCGGUCUGUACCUUGCCUUCUGGACCAACCGGUUCAAGCUGGACUGGAAGGUUGGACUCACGUGCACCUCGAUGUAUGUGGCGUUUCUGACCGUGUCCAGUCUGAUCGAGCUGAAUGUCUUCUUCCCGGUCAACCUGCCGACCUGUGAGCAUUGAUAGUUUCGUCUCGGUUCGUUGUAAAUACCAUAAGAAGUUUGUUUAUGUUCCGGAGGAUAAGGAAUCUAAAUUAUUUUGAUAUUAUUACCGGGUAGUAUUUAGUUUAUCUUUUGUUUGUAAGAUAAUGAGAAUAUAAUACACCGAAAACUA